AUGGCUGCGCCGCGACAGGAAGCUGCUCACGAGAUCCAUGACACCGUCAUGUUGGAUUCUUUCGAUUUCCUUGGUGAUAUUAACAACACUGUUCUUGACAAGCAGGCUACUCCUUCAUGCCUGGAAGAAUUUAAGCUGCAAGCAAUUAAGGACUUCCGGAAGAAAUUUCUUAAGCACCGGACUCUAAUGCUGCAGUACAACUUCAUGGAAGAACAAAAAGCAGGCGGGAUCAUCCCGCACAGCAUCAGGAUCAAGCCUUUUGGCUUCGUUUGCAAUUCCGAAGAACUCCGUCAAGAAGCGGACAAGGAUCUGCAAGCGGCCUGUGAAGCAUACUGCAAGAAUGCACAAGACAUCCUGAUUGCAAUGAAGAAGAAAGCAGCAGAGCAGGCUCGCAAUGACACCGCGGCUGUUUUCCAGAGGCUCCAGGACCAGAUCGUUAACUACAUCAACCUGGCCAAGAAAACGGACAUCGGGACCAAGAAUUCUAAGCUGACCGACAAUUUGAAUUUCUUCAAGAAUCGCGUCAUUUCUGAAUUCAAGGACGCAAUGUCCAUUUUUGUCAUGGAAGCUAACCUCUCUGAAAUUCAUUUGAAGGAGAAGAAGAGGGAGAUUGAUGAGAAGAAGGCUGCUGCGACAGAAGAAGCUGAGAACCUCCCGAUCGAUCCCACUGUUCGCGAGAUCGCCAAACAGGAGGCUGAGAAGGCAGUCACUAAGCUCAAGCCGAAGUCUACUCCCCACCACUCGUCCCCGAAGAACGGCAAGAAGAAGGCUACUGCUGGAAAGAGAAAGACCUUCCCUGUUAACAACAACAAGAAGGUCUCUACCGCAGCGGCCAAGAAGACCAAGAAGGCGCAGCCGAAGCAGAAUAGCAACGGCAAGAAGCACCUGAACGGUCCCGGGAAGAAGGUGGAGGCUGGUACUCACCGCGCAACGCAGACGAUGGGUCGUGCUUACUCCAAGACAGCCGGACGCAACGCAACUCACCCGAAGAACCAUAACACAGCGGCAAAAAACGGGGGAGGAGCCGUCCGCGGAAAAACAGCCAAAAUCACAUUUAUGUCUACUUUCCCCAUCCCCACCCCCACCCCCACCCCCACCCCCACCCCCACCCCCAUCCCCAACCUCAUCCCCAUCACCAUCACCAUCACCAUCCCCAUCCCCAUCCCCAUCCCCAUCCCCAUCCCCAUCCCCAUCCCCAUCCCCAUUCCCAUUCCCAUUCCCCCCAUGACUCAUCCCUCAUGUUGA